UUUUUUGUUGUUGUUGUUGCCUUCCCCUCCGGUCCUCUUCUGUCAUUGGAGAUGAACACAGCUCGCUUGCAUCCCAGAAAGUAAUCGCCGUGACUGUUGCCCCCCAAAAGACAAGCACACAUGUAGGAAUGACAAAGGCUUGCGAAGGAAAGAGCGCAGCUCAAGGCCCAGAGAGAUCUUCUCGAUAAUGGAUUACUAAAUGGGAUACACGCCGUGCCAGUCCGCUCCGAGCCGCGGCCGCCUGCCCGUCGAUGCACCGAAAAGGGUGAAGUAGAGAAAUACGUCUCCCCGCUGAACUACUAUGAGACCAGAAGCCUUGCUGCUAUGUCUCACACUGCUACACAGCACUGGGGCUGGUUUCCCAGAAGACUCUGAGCCAAUCAGUAUUUCGCAUGGCAACUAUACAAAACAGUAUCCGGUGUUUGUGGGCCACAAGCCAGGACGGAACACCACACAGAGGCACAGGCUGGACAUCCAGAUGAUCAUGGUCAUGAACAGAACUCUCUACAUUGCUGCUCGAGACCAUAUUUAUACUGUUGAUAUAGACACAUCCCACACAGAAGAAAUUUAUUGUAGCAAAAAACUGACAUGGAAAUCUAGACAGGCUGAUGUAGACACGUGCAGGAUGAAGGGGAAACAUAAGGAUGAGUGUCACAAUUUCAUUAAAGUUCUUCUCAAGAAGAAUGACGAUACCCUGUUUGUCUGUGGAACCAAUGCCUUCAACCCUUCCUGCAGAAACUACAAGAUCGACACUUUGGAAACUUUUGGGGAUGAAUUUAGUGGAAUGGCCAGAUGCCCUUAUGAUGCCAAACAUGCCAACAUCGCUCUGUUCGCAGAUGGAAAACUCUACUCUGCAACAGUAACCGACUUCCUGGCCAUUGAUGCAGUUAUUUACAGGAGUCUUGGAGACAGCCCUACCCUCAGGACAGUCAAACAUGAUUCAAAGUGGUUGAAAGAACCGUACUUUGUCCAAGCAGUGGAUUAUGGGGACUAUAUCUACUUCUUCUUCAGAGAGAUUGCAGUAGAGUACAACACCAUGGGGAAGGUUGUUUUCCCCAGGGUGGCUCAAGUUUGUAAGAAUGACAUGGGAGGGUCUCAGAGAGUUCUGGAGAAGCAGUGGACAUCUUUCCUGAAGGCUCGCCUGAACUGCUCAGUGCCUGGAGACUCUCAUUUUUAUUUCAAUAUACUCCAGGCAGUUACAGAUGUGAUUCGCAUUAAUGGCCGUGAUGUUGUCUUGGCAACCUUUUCCACACCUUAUAACAGCAUCCCUGGGUCUGCAGUUUGUGCCUAUGACAUGCUUGACAUUGCCAAUGUUUUUACUGGGAGAUUCAAGGAACAGAAAUCUCCCGAUUCUACUUGGACACCAGUUCCAGAUGAGCGAGUCCCUAAACCCAGGCCAGGUUGUUGUGCCGGCUCAUCAUCUUUAGAACGAUAUGCAACCUCCAAUGAGUUCCCUGAUGACACCCUGAACUUCAUUAAGACACAUCCACUCAUGGACGAGGCAGUACCUUCCAUCAUCAACCGACCCUGGUUCCUGAGAACGAUGGUCAGAUACCGCCUGACCAAAAUUGCAGUAGACAACGCUGCUGGGCCAUAUCAGAAUCACACUGUGGUUUUCCUGGGAUCAGAAAAGGGAAUCAUCUUGAAGUUCUUGGCCAGGAUAGGAAGCAGUGGUUUCCUAAAUGGCAGCCUUUUCCUGGAGGAGAUGAAUGUUUACAACCCAGAAAAGUGCAGCUAUGAUGGCGUGGAAGACAAAAGGAUUAUGGGCAUGCAGCUCGACAGAGCAAGUGGCUCACUGUAUGUUGCAUUCUCUACCUGUGUGAUAAAGGUGCCUCUUGGCCGGUGUGAACGACAUGGGAAGUGUAAAAAAACCUGUAUCGCCUCCAGAGACCCAUACUGUGGGUGGGUGAAGGACAGUGGUUCCUGUGCCCAUCUGUCACCCCUUAGCAGGCUGGCUUUUGAACAGGACAUAGAACGUGGCAAUACAGAUGGCCUAGGAGACUGUCACAAUUCCUUCGUGGCACUGAAUGACAUUUCAACUCCUCUACCAGAUUAUGAAAUGUCUUUCAACACAGUGUAUGGCCACUCCAGUUCCCUCUUGCCCAGCACCAGCACAUCAGAUUCGGCGUCCCGAGAGGGGUAUGAGUCUAGGGGAGGCAUGCUGGACUGGAACGACCUGCUCGAGGCACCCGACAGCACAGACCCUUUGGGGGCAGUGUCCUCACAUAACCACCAGGACAAGAAGGGAGUGAUUCGGGAAAGUUACCUCAAAAGCAACGACCAGCUCGUUCCUGUCACCCUCUUGGCCAUCGCUGUCAUUCUGGCUUUUGUCAUGGGGGCCGCCUUCUCGGGCAUCAUCGUGUAUUGUGUGUGUGAUCACCGGCGCAAAGACGUAGCAGUAGUUCAACGCAAAGAGAAAGAACUCACACACUCGCGUCGGGGAUCUAUGAGCAGUGUUACCAAACUCAGUGGCCUCUUUGGAGACACCCAGUCCAAAGACCCAAAGCCCGAGGCCAUCCUCACCCCACUCAUGCACAACGGCAAGCUGGCCACGCCCAGCAACACCGCCAAGAUGCUCAUCAAGGCUGAUCAGCAUCACCUAGAUCUCACUGCCCUGCCCACCCCAGAAUCCACCCCAACGCUGCAGCAGAAGCGGAAGCCGAACCGCGGCAGCCGCGAGUGGGAAAGGAACCAGAACCUCAUCAAUGCCUGCACCAAGGACAUGCCUCCUAUGAGCUCCCCUGUGAUUCCCACGGACCUGCCCCUUCGGGCCUCCCCAAGCCACAUCCCUAGCGUGGUAGUCCUGCCCAUCACGCAGCAGGGUUACCAGCAUGAGUAUGUGGAUCAGCCCAAAAUGAGCGAGGUGGUGGCUCAAAUGGCGCUGGAGGACCAGGCUGCCACCCUGGAGUAUAAGACCAUCAAAGAGCACCUGAGCAGCAAGAGUCCCAACCACGGGGUGAACCUUGUGGAGAACCUGGACAGCCUGCCCCCCAAAGUUCCGCAGCGCGAGGCCUCCUUGGGCCCCCCAGGAGCCUCACUGUCACAGACCGGCCUAAGCAAGCGCCUAGAAAUGCAUCACUCCUCUUCCUACGGGCUUGAGUAUAAGAGGAGCUACCCCACGAACUCGCUCACGAGAAGCCACCAGGCCGCCACUCUCAAAAGAAACAAUACUAACUCCUCCAAUUCCUCCCACCUCUCCAGGAACCAGAGCUUUGGCCGGGGAGACAAUCCACCUCCCGCCCCACAGCGGGUGGACUCUAUCCAGGUGCACAGCUCCCAGCCCCCCGGCCAGGCCGUGACUGUUUCGAGGCAGCCCAGCCUCAAUGCCUACAACUCACUGACGAGGUCGGGGCUAAAGCGCACCCCCUCGCUAAAGCCAGAUGUACCCCCCAAACCCUCCUUUGCUCCCCUUUCCACAUCCAUGAAGCCCAAUGAUGCUUGUACAUAAUCCCUGGAGUUGGGGACCAGGAGUCGAAGCAUCAAAUGAGGCGAGGCACCCACCCAACUCAGCAAGGUCUCCACUGCCUCGAGUAUCCAACCGACCAAGAUGGCCCUGGAGGAGAUGAGGACUCUGGGUCCUCCUCCCUGGGACACAGGGACACUGUUGAAAAUCAGGCCAUGUGGUUUGAUGAAGGUUUAGCAACAGUCACCUCCAUUCUCUUCCUUCACACUCCCCCACAUCGUACAGCAGGUCGGACUCGCAAAAGACUUGAGUGUCACACAAACAUGAGCCAAAAGCACAUCCGUACCCCAUCCCCACAUGAACACACCCAGUACUCACAAGCGUGCACUACACACCUCACACAUACACACAUACACAGAGGUGAACCACCACAACAUUUUGUCCCUGGCUGCACGGGACAUUACGAAACUGGGCUAAGCGUUCGAAACUUUAAAACACAAUACAUUUUUCAAAAAAAAAAAAAAAAAAAAAAAAAAAAAAAAAAGAAAAGAAAAGAAAAAAAAGAAAAAAGAAAAUUGAAAAAAAUAAAGAAUUCAUUGAUAAUUCUAACUCAGACUUUAACAAUGGCAGAAGUUUACUAUGCGCAGAUACUGUGAAAUGCCCAUCAGUGUUACAGCUUUGUUAUUGCAGGUAAAUGCCACGUUGGGCAACGAUGUCAUAGAUUUCUGCUCCUCUUCGCUUUUAAUGAAUAACGUGACCGUUAACGCAAGUAAUUCUUAUUUAUUGUUCACCCUUUUCUUUUUCCUUAAGGAAAAGACUCUUCCAAUUGCCACCGUAUGAACAGUUCUGCAGAAGCCCAUGGAAAGCUAAACUAUUUAACGUGAAAUCCAUUAACUGGAAUAAUUGAGUUUCUUUAUUUUUACAAUAAAUUCACUGAGUAAAUAAGUUGGAGCUGGAAUUCUGAGCUUUGUGUUUGGACUCCCAGGUCAGUAGCUAAAGGACAGUACUAAGAGGGGAAUAUUUAUUUAAAUCUCCCAGUUAAUUUGUCAGUUCAGUCUCUGUUCAAUGAAAAAAAAAAAAAGUUUAAAAAUUCUUCCAGAUCCUAACUACCAACUAGGACAGAAACGUUUAGAACGGCACCUAUGCCCCAUUGCCAAAAACAUGGCUUUGACUGUGGCUCCCACUGCCAUGAAGGUACCAGCUUGUGAAGCCUCCCGCCCACAACCCAUUUCACCUUGCAUGUGAGACAGCAAACAAAAAUCCACAAACUGUGUGAACUAGUUAACAUGCUGGCUGCUACCUUGCAUAAAUCAAUGAUUUGAUCACACGGGUUUUUCGUGGGGUUACAUCUGUGAAUAGCCUGUUUUCCACAUGUAAAUUUGUGCCUUACACGCUGAGUUGUAUACACUUGUAAACUGUCGUUAUGAUCAACUUUUUUUUUUCCUACUUGAAAUAAAUGCAGAUAUUUAUUUAAAUCCCACCCUUCACUCAGCCCUCUGGAAGAUUGGAGUCAAGCAGAUGGAAAAAGAACGCAGUAGUGAUGGUUGUAAUGCCGAAGGCUGGGUGGCAUCCUUUAGUUCACGAUGCCUUCGGUCGUGCCAGCUCCAACCACACUUGGCUGUGCUGCAAGCGUGGACCCCCAGUGUUGUGGGUGGCAAGUCCCCUUCCCCAAAGCUCUCCAUUCCCCUUAUAUCCCCAGAUCAUUUCAAUAUGGUGACAUCCUCCUGAGCCAGCAGAGGAGGGACUCAAGUCCCAGCCGUCAUUUCUGCUGUGUCCACUGACUGGAGAACUUACUGUGGUGGUUGGGAGGCCAGUGGGAGGAGUCUCCACGCUGUGCCUUAACCACACCCAUGCAAUGCACAGAAAAAACAGGGAAAUAGACGGGGCAGGCUGGUCCCUGCUGUGAUUAAUGGGUACCCCAAAAUACAAGGCAAACCACAAUGGAUGCUGCAAAACCCAUUUUCUGGGGCAAAGGUUCUUUUGUUUUAAAUUCCUUUAUCUGUUUGUUGUUUGUAGAGGGUUGGGAGGGGGUAACGUGUGCGGUUUUGUUUUGUUCUUUUCUCCCCUCAUUGUUCUUUUGCUAAAGCACACAAAAGGAACCUUUGUUUACUCCAUCAUAAACAAAAGAAUUGUCUGCACACUGUAAACCAUGAGCAUUGUUUUCAUAUAAACAGUUUAUUCGGUGGUC